GGUACGAUGUGGCGCGCGAUAGCGACGGCCGCGAGGCGAUGAUCGGCCACAUGGGCCGGCCGCGCGCUCACCAUGCGCCAGCAGUCGACCGAUACGGUCGACAAAGCGGUAUGCACGGAGGAGUCGGGCGCGGCGCGGCUGGAGGCCGUGCUGGUGGCUUUGGUGGAACGAAAGGCACGCGCUCUGCACGCGGAGCAGUCCCGGCGCCACGCACGAACACAUCCUCUUCUCUUGCUACUGCGCAACCAUGUGUCCGACGAGGAAGCGUCGAUAGUCGGGAGUUCCGGCGAGAGGUUGCCGUCACAUUGGUGUGAAAAUGAGUUCGACACGCAAAAUAAGAAGAAAAAACUCAAAUUACACACACACGGAGAGAACUUAAAUAGUCCGGAGCAGUUGGAGAUGGAGCGUCGACGACGCCGGCGAAGGAGACACGCGCGCGCACAAGCGCACGCGCAUUCACAAACACAUAAGCCUAGAAAGCAUCGCACACUGCUCGUGUCUGCCAUCGACGAACAGGCUAAAGUUAUACACGUAUUGGACCCCGAUGAGUUACCGAGGCGCGCUCGCUAUACGAUCAUGGUGACAGCUUGCCUGCUACUUUUUCUUUGCUUGCUUCUUGUAGGAGUUACGCUUCGUAUGGCUCCGCUUAUUGAUGAUAUGGUCCGGCAAGAGAACGAGCGGCUGAUGCACGACGUCCUACAGGCGGGAAUCGCCAAUCGCACCCUGUCGUCGGGGGCAUUGCGCUGACGCCGCGCUAUUCGCCGCGCCCGCGGCUCGAUAACAUUCGGCCUGCUGCCGCACCGCCCGAGGAGCCUCCGGACUUUACUCCUAGCGUGGACUUACCUUCCACUCCCCACGACACGCGACCAGUGCCUACAGAGGAUACACGCAGCACGCCGGUGAGCAGGGCCGAUGUGGGCCUAGCGUGAUUCGGUUGGAAUACAAAAGUGUCUGUUCCAAGCCUGCUGAUAUAACGCGCAUGGAAAUAAAACGAACAGAUUGUGUAGCAUUGCAGGGCGGGUUCUAUUCGAGAAAUGUGUGGUUUAAAAGUGUA